AUGGAUGAGGCUCCAGGCCUGAAGCAGUUCUUCAAGUCGCCCAAGUCAGUGUUCGGGCUACGUUUCAUGAACGGCAUGAACAGCAUGUUGGCUGACUUGGACUCGCCGUCAGCUUUGAAGAAGACGGUGGAAACCUACGGCUUCCAACACCUGGACCAUUCUGUAACCACAUCCCGGGUGGAGCUCAUCCGAGAAGCCAUCCUCAGCGUGGCAGAAAUGGAGUUAGGUGGAUCAUUUACAGACAGAUCGCGACAGAGCCUGGGCGUGCUGUUGAACUACAUUGGAGGAGCAUUCAUCUUCGUGCUCCGAGAGCUUGCAGAUCGAAUCAGGAUCAUUCAGCGCAGCUGGAAGCAAGUCAACAAGCAGGAAACCAUUGAACACGCUCAGCUGCCAGAAGGUGGCUUUGACGUCAAGGAUCCUAACAAGGCUGAGCCGGAGGAUGGGCAAGAAGACAAGAAGCCAAAGCAGGAGACCAACAAGGCCUCGCGGUCAGCCACCAAGCCGACCAACCCAUCAGACCAAGACAGAGGCAGCUUCCUCGCUGCCGCGAAGAGCAAGAAUCCUGCCAUGCAAGUGCCAACAGACUUCGCCGGCAUGUUCAUGUUCAACGCCACUGUGAUGGGCUUUUCGGAAACAGCGUGGAUGAAUCUUGUGCUGGAUCGUUUUGACAAUAUUGCCACCAACGUUGCGAACUCUGGGCGCGUACAGGAGGAGUGCUUCGUGCUGUCCCUUUGCCUGGCGAGAUUGCCGGACACGGACUUCGCUUUGACCGAUUUUCGGGCCGUCAUGCUAGCAGCGCUUCGCUCCUUGAUCCCAGAUGAGUGGGACAUGGAUCACGAAGUGGCCUGGAACUGGCUCUGGGAGAAUGUCGAGCGUGUUGUCUCUAGCACGGUCUCACUUCCACGACCGUAUGAGAAGGCCGUCCGGAACUUCAUGUUCUCCCUGGAGGAGGACCAGCUGCAGACUGUGCGGAUCAAGACAUAUGCGCUCUUCUUCACACGCUGCCCAGCGGGCCAGGAGUACUUCAAGCAGUCCACCACCCGCCUGUACUUCAUUCUAGACAAGAUCAACGAGAUGAUCAUUGAGAUCCUGAGCUGA